AUGAAUCGAACCUAAAAGUGCAAAGCAAAUGGAUGUGAUUAAACACAUAGCAAGCACUACUGCAAACUAUGUGAAGAUAAAAAUUCUAACCAUCUUGCUAGGAAUUGUCCUGAUGCAAUUACUUUGUAUCAUGGAACCCCAUUCGAUAACAUCAAAUCUAUAAUAGAUAAUGGACUUCGGGCAUCAACAGGAGGAUGUCUCGGGUAGGGAAUAUAUUUUGCUAAAGGACAAGAAGCCAAGGAAGUUUCAAUUGGAAAAGGAGAUGGAAAAAAAAUGGCCAUCAUUAAAUGCAAAGUUAACGUUGAUCCAAAGUAUUGUAAAACUGCGUAACACAGUGCUUGGUUAGGAAUUAAGCAUGAAUUUUAAGAAUGGUGUCUUACAGAUUAUACCAAGUACAGAAUCAUUGGAUUCGGUGUAAUUGAUGGAGUAGUCAAUGGUGAUAUUAGUUUACCUAGAGGUGAAAUUUACUACAAUUCUGAUACUCUGUGUACUGGCAAGGAAAAUUACGGAAAAAAAAUCGUAAGUGAAUAUGACUUUCUUAAUGAUUGA